AUGCCGUGGCCGUGGACGAAGCAGAAGCAAAGAGCAUCGGAGGGGAAGGCGUCCGCACGGAACCGCCGCUGCGUCUUGCUUCGCGCAGUGAUUCGUCUUGUCAUCUGGCUCGCGUCCCCCAUCUUCAGCAUGUUGAAGCACAUUCUUGAUGCAUUGAAGCGAAUCCUCAACGCGUUGAACCACACCCUCAACGUAGUUAAACAGCUAUUCGGCGUCUUGGGGUCAAGCGGUCUGGCUGUACUCCUUGCUGGCUUCAUCCUUCACUCGCUUCUCAGCGUGUUGAUCAAUACGAAAAUGAGCGAGCAUCCGCUGACCGACAAAUUUGACCCAGAGUGCCCACCCAACUAUCGCCACUACCCCAACUACGAAAGAGUGCUAGGGAUGGGAGAGAGGCUUUACCCAACGUUGUCACAGCCUAAUCCUACGGUUGACCGAUACUACAAGCGGGCUCUGAAAUGCUGGCACCCAGAUAAGCUUGCACGACAUCCAGGCCUCCACCGUGACUCCAAUGCGGACAGACAAUUGAUGCAGGAGAUAUUCGCCAUUAUCACAGACGCCAGGGACAAGUUGAAGGCCGGGGGUCCCACCUUCCCGCGGGGAAUCGGAACGGAGCUAAUACACACGUCUGCCUACUGGAACACAACCCUGCCAACGACGGUGGCACUCUACAACAACUCUGAGCCGUGCGGUUUCAAGAGCGCCUGGCGCAACUUCGUGGUAGCACGUCCAGAACCUGAGUCUGAAUCCGAUUUUGGAAAGUAUCAUAGUUGCAAUCUCGCUAUCGCAGUCGGUCGUCUCCGCUUCGCGUACACCCACACUCCGCCUGGCCCACAUCUUUUCUGGAACAGCCAGGAUUUAGGGUGGGCCCCGGGAGACGUGAUGUACUGGCUCUACGGCACCAGUAUGGGCAUGUCCGGUCUGCAGAGUGCCCAAAGCUUUUCGUACGACAAGAAGAAGCGUCUUAUUAAAACCGGGUGGUUUUCGUUUCACGACUUCCCCGCUGAUACCGCAUACGGAGGUGCCCUGUACGACGAAGUCCAGGACAAGAAGCGGGCCGCUGUGGAGGAAGUGAUGGAGGAAUACAAAAAGGACUCCGGCGCAGAGCUGAACGAAUCCUUGAAAUGCAAGGAAUGCUCUAGGCCUCGCACACGUUAG